AUGGAGAAGGGUUAUAUUCGAGAGAGCUUGAGUCCUUAUGUUGUACCCAUUUUAUUGGUGCCAAGAAAGGAUGGAACAUGGAGAAUGUGUGUCGAUUGUCGAGCUGUGAAUCAAAUUCCUAUCAAAUAUCAUUAUCCUAUUGCUCGCCUUUAUGAUAUGGUUGAUGAAUUAUGUGGUGAGAGUAUCUUCUCCAAGGUGGAUUUAAAGAGUGGGUAUCAUCAUAUUCGAAUGCGAGAAGGCGGUAAAGAUAGUAUAUUUGUUGUGGUUGAUAGGUUUUCAAAGAUAGCACAUUUCAUUGCGUGUCAUAAAACUGAUGAUGCUACUAAUGUGGCCAACUUGUUUUUCAAGGAGAUUGUUAUGAACAGGGAUGAAAAGUCUAAGGCAGACUAUGUGAAAAGGUUGCAUCAACAGUUGAGUGAUAUUUCUUUAACUGUAGAGGGAAAGAAAACCCUAAUUUUGUCUCUGCCUUCCCAAGAGACGAAACCAAGGGGUAUUUUGAAGGAAAAGAAAUGCUUUUUUUACUUCAAAGCCGAACCAGAAGCUGGUGAUUACACCAUCUUCAUGGGUCUUGAUAAGUACGAGAAAGAGGAGCUCAUCAAAUACAGCUAUGUUGAAGAUAUCUGGUUUCAUGUGGAUAAAAUGUCUUCUGCCCAUGUUUAUUUAAGACUUCAAAACGGUCAAACCAUUGAUGAUAUAACCGAAGGGUUGCUCGAAGAUUGUGCUAAGCUUGUUAAUGCAAAUUCCAUCCAAUGCAACAAGGUAAACAGUACUGAUGUUGUUUACACUCCAUGGUCCAAUUUGAAGAAUACUCCUUCCAUGAAUGUUGGCCAAGUUGGCUUUUACAAUUCCAAGUUUGUAAAACUUCUUUGUUACUUUGAUUGUUGUCGCUAUUACGAUUUCUAUUCUUUUUUUCCUUUUAUUUUUUGGGUUCUAUAAUGGAUCAUUUUCUGAUUUUAUCAUGUGAUUUAGGUUCAGACUGUGAGAGUGGAGAAGCGGAUAAACGAGAUAGUUAACAGGUUGAAUAAGACUAAAGUGGAAAGGAAACCUAAUUUGAAAGGUAUGUGAAUUCUCGUGGUUCAAUUUUCUGUAGGAUU